UUGCAAAAUGGCGAAAGGCCAAGUUGCUCUGAGAGAAGAAAGUUGGUCCGCAUUGUUGCUUCUGAGAUCCUGGAAGUCAGCAAAUGUCCAGCAAAAAAACAUGUAUCAGAAAUAGCCCGACAAAUGGUGAUUGCAUACCCAAAGUCUUUCAGAGAUGAGAUUAAUUCCCAGGUUGUAGGAAGUGGAUAUGAUUCUCUCCUCAAACAACUGGUGUGUAGAAUUGACAAUUUGAAAAGAGCAAAAGCUAUUAGUAUACCACUUUGUGGUACUCUAGAAGUAUCAACAAAGAAACAAAAAUUGUUAUAUGGUUGUAUAAAUUCUGAUCCACAACUGCUAGUUGGAGAAACAUCUGAAUUGCAGCAGGAAAAGAAAGAGAAGUUGGUAGUAAUGUUUCAAAAUAAUGAAAGUGAUGUAAAGACAAUCUAUGACUUAAUGACUUCUACAUACACCCCUCAAAGAAACAGCAUCCAAUCUGGAAAGGAAACCAAAGAUUUACUUGAUGAGUGGCCAUAUCUUUUUCAGCCAGCAGGAAUGAAAGCACACUUUAAAGAGCUCACUGGCAUUGACAUAAACAACAGCUUUGAAGAAUCUGCUUCCAGUAAGUUCAGAAGAAUAUUGGACUACUUUCAAUUUCAGUGCACAGAAAGAGCAAGCAGAGCAGGGAGAAUCCUCACAAAGUAUAGAGCUGGAGGGGAUCAUGUUUGUGGGGCCGUGAUGUUGCUGCUAACCCAUUUCAAAAAUGACCAAGACCACUUUCUUGUGAUGGUAGAAGACACCUCUGUUCCAAGUGAUAUAUGCUCAGAACAGCUUCCAGCAACACCAUGUAUAGUAGUGUGUGGAGAGAACCCACUGACAGCCAGUGUGUACAUGGUAGCAGUAGACCAGAUGAUUGUAAAUGACCAUCUCUUGAGUUUUACAGAAGCCCUGUAUCUGAUGUUCUCUCUUUACUAUAUAUUGAACAUCAGUUACCCUGUAGAACUGGGAGCCACACUAGAAUUCUUGCAAAGGUGCAUCUUUAGGAUAAAUCCUCAUAAAGGUACCAAGGUGGAAAAGAGAGAGAAAAAGAGAGCGGACUCUGUCAACCCCAGAGUAUUGAGUCUGACAUCAAAAAUUGCUGCAUUUGAUUGGGGAGAGUAACAGAUGUGGUCUUUCAGAAGAUUGACAUUUCGCUGAAGAACAGGACAGACCGACUUUUUGUACUUCAGUGCAGCGCUUUGUUGCUUAAAUCAUUUUUAUUACCUUGUGACGUGAUUAGGAUUCAGUUUAUAUUUAUUUAUUUGAUUGGGACAGUGCAUGUUAAUGAACAAACAUGGAAUACAUGCAUGUAAACAUGCUGGAUUGUAGCCAAAGGCUAAUUUCCAUCCGUAGUCCCACGGGCUAAAAUCACACGGGUCACAAAACAUUACAUAAUAAAAUUUACAUCUACAGUUAGUACAUCGUUUAUCAAUAAAUUAGCUAAAGCCCCGUAUACAAUAUUCACAUAAUACUUAAAAAUUCAUUCAACUUCAAAAUUAUCAGAAUCCAGGCCCAGUGUUUUUGUUUCUUUUAAACUGAACACAUUUGUGUUCUGAAACAUGCUUUAUCCAUUUUCUCCAUGUGACAUGUUCAGGAUUAUCAGAAUUAAUGUCGAUUUAUUUUUUUUUUAAAUUGAACAAAUUUGUUUUCUAAAACAUGACUUUUGCUGGGAAGUGUUUUUCCAUUGUUUGAUCUUGAAGGUUUGCUAUAUAAUAAAAAGCUGAAGUUGUUUACA